AUGGGUUUAUUGAAGAAUAAACAAAUUAUAGGUACUCAAUUGUCCGACGAGAGUGUUGCUGCACGAACAGCGUGUGAUUGUAUGCCCGGUUUCACCAACGAUCUCUCACGAGGAAUUAAAAAUUGUUCACUCAUUGAUUGUGUACAUGGAUCUCCCAUUUCAUCAUCAUUGGAAACGGUUCGAUCACAAAUGAAUAUUUCAAGUGGUGCAAUGUCGUCGCCUCUGAUUGUUUCAAAUUUUGGUGAUGCAAAUUCUCCAGUGUGUACAUGUGCAUCUGGUUGGGGUGGAUUAGAUUGUAGACAAUGUACAACUGAUUCUGUAUGCAAAUCAUUAUUGAACAAUAAUAAUAGUAUUUGUGAUAUGACCUAUAUUCCACACAAAGAAAAACUUUAUAGUUGUGAAGUGACAUCGCAAAGAAUGAUUCCACUUAUGGGAAAUUAUAUUACCAUUGAUUGCAUGGGAAUGGAAAAUAGCCAAACAGAGGGAGGUACAUGUUACUUUAGAGCAUUUGACAAGACUGAUUCAGCAUUGGCGGAAACAUUUUAUUGUACUUUCCACGAUUGUGUGCUUUCUCUAGGAGAGGAUGGUAUUGAAAUUGAAUACAAGUGUAAAUCUACGAGUGGAUGUAAUUGUUCAAUGAUUAGUCCCAAAUGUGAAAAUCCUUUUGUACUAUUUAUUUUGUCUCACAUGACCGGGUAUGCUGAUGUGACAUGUAACAAUGAGACAAAAUCUUGUGUUGUGAAACAUGAAAAUUUUCCUGGAAUUAUUGAAACAUUAUGUGACCACGCAUCUGAAUGUCUUGGAGAAUACAUUCCUCCACCAAAGCCACCAGUUCCAGAUUAUACUAGACAAAUUGUUUCAGCAACGAUAGGUUCCGUUAUAUUACUGUUACUGAUCAUUGUCAUCAUAUUCAGUAUUAUUUAUUCAAAAUAUCAAACGAGAGUAAUCACACGAGAAUACAAAGAAAUGAUGGACACUGGCAAUAAUCAAUUUGGAGCUAAAUUGGAAAUUAGAAAUUUGACAUACAUGAUCAGAACUUCCUCAAAGAAAUUAAAAACUUUACAAAGUGUGAGCGGAGUCAAUGAAGAAGAUAUUGCCAAAGAAGAAAGCGAAGAAGAAAGAGAACAAGUGCUUCAUAUUAAGAGCAGGAACAGAAUUACUCUCUUGCAUGGAAUUACUCACAUAUUUAAACCUGGAAGUGUCACAGCCAUCAUGGGACCUUCUGGAGCAGGUAAAUCAUCACUGUUGGAUAUUCUAGCAGGCAGAUGUAAAACUGGAGACGUGCGAGGAGAAUUACUUGUGAAUGACAAACCCAUUGAUUAUGCUCAAUAUAAGCGAAUGGCUGGUUACGUCUCACAACAAGACGAUCACUUAAUGGGAACAAUGACUGUUUUUGAAUCUAUCAUGUUCAGCGCCGAACUACGUCUUCCAGAUGCAAUUCCAUACGCAGAAAAGAAACGAAGAGUUGAACAAGUGAUGGAAGAACUUGGAAUUUCACACAUUCGUGAUAGAAAAAUUGGUGACUCCAUGACAAGAGGAAUCAGCGGUGGAGAAAAACGAAGAGUGAGCAUUGCAUGUGAAUUGGUCAUUUCUCCUCAAAUAUUGUAUUGUGAUGAACCAACUUCAGGAUUAGAUUCUUAUCAUGCAGUUUCUGUCAUGAAAAUAAUUUGUGAAUUGGCCACCAAACACAACAGAACAGUUAUUUUCAGUAUUCAUCAACCUCGUUCUAACAUUUUCGAACAAUUUGACAAUUUAUUACUUUUGAAAGACGGAAGAAUAUUUUACAGUGGAAGUGCUAUGGGCUCACUGACCUAUCUCUCAAAACUAGGCUAUGAUUGCCCAGCUCACUAUAAUCCAGCUGACUUUUUAUUGGACACCAUGACCUUACUUUCUGAACAUUCGAAAUCGUCCAACAAGCACGAUGAAAUAUUGCAUCAGAAUGCUGUAAAUAAUCAUGAAAAAGAUUUCACACAAACAACUCACACUGAACAACCUAUUUACAAAUCAUUUAAUAGCAAUGAGGAAGGUGAAGGUGAAAGUGUUCAUCUCCUAACAGCAGAUGAUUCAAAACCAAUCUAUGAUAAGAAAAUUGAAGAAUAUGCAACAUCGUUUUACACUCAACUAUUUGUACUUUCUAAGAGAUGUUUCCAAAACUUUUAUAGAAAUCUCUAUCUAAUGCCAGCUCACUAUGCAAGCGCCAUUAUCAUGGGAUUGCUUUUGGGAAUUGUUUAUUUCCAACAAGGAAAUAACAUUCAAGCAUGUCAGAAUCGAAUGGGUUCUAUAUUCUUCAUGUGCGCCCUACUUAAUUUUGCUGCCAUGUCCAGUCUCGAAUUAUUUAUCACUGAGAGAACGAUUUAUGUUAGAGAACGAGCGAAUGGCUAUUACUAUUCUUUUGCUUACUUUUUGUCCAAAAUUUUGUUUGACCUGAUCCCUCUGAGAGUCAUUCCUCCAAUUUUGAUGGGUAGUAUUGCCUAUUGGAUGAUUGGUUUGAGAGAAAUUACUUCACACUUUUUCUGGUUCCUUCUUAUUUUAAUAAUUUUCAACGUUGCAAGUGGUGCACUUUGUUAUUGCAUUGGAGCCAUUGCACCAAAUGUUGGAUCAGGAAAUUUAUCAAGUAUAUUAUUAAUUCUUGGAAAUAUGCUCAUGGCUGGAUUUAUUUUGAAUAUUGAAUCUCUUCCAGUCUACUUGUCAUGGAUCAAGUACUUUUCAUAUUUUGGAUAUGCCUAUGAAGCUCUUUUAAUUAAUGAACUACAUGGUUUUCCAAUUGUGAUUGACCCAAAGGGUUUUCCUUCAUUCCCAGGAGAUGGUGACUUUUUCUUAAAAGAAUUAGGAUUUCAAUUUGAAAACUUUUAUGCUGAUGUGAUUUUAACAUCACUCUUUGCUGUAUUCUUUAUUGUACUUGCAGGAUUUUUAUUAAGAUUCUUUGUGAAAGAAAAGAGAUAG